AUGGCACCUUCAUCGAAUGUAGAUAAUCGUACCUUUAAACAACGUAAAAAUUUCGCGACGCGUAAAGAAGAAGUCGCUGGGAUUCGCAGCAAAUUUCCAAAUAAAAUUCCUGUUAUUGUCGAACGAUACCAUAAAGAAAAAGACUUACCUAUCCUCGACAAAACGAAGUUUCUGGUGCCACAAGAAUUGACUAUGUCGCAGUUCGUUACAAUCAUUCGGAAUCGAAUGCAGUUGAAUGCUAAUCAAGCAUUUUACUUAUUGGUUAACAACAAAAGUAUCGCUUCGAUGUCGACUUCUAUGGCAGAAAUUUAUCGCGAUGACAAAGAUGACGAUGGAUUUCUCUAUAUGACAUAUGCGAGUCAAGAGAUGUUCGGAGGAAUGUAA